CUUCAAUAGUAAUAAUGAAGAAGAGGAGAGGCAAUGGGAUGUCAGGAGUUGUAAGAGUUGGAGGAUAAUGUUACUUUUUGAUUGGAGGGAGGAAUUUGCAGGGCAACAGUCUUGAAAUUUGAUCCUGAUCCUUUCAAAAAUCAUUCAUUUUCUUUCUUUCUUCCCAACAUUCCCUCCGCUGUAGUUUAAACAAUUUCCUUUGCUGCCAUGGCAACAUGAAAACAACCUCAGAGCACAAUGAAAAGGAUGGCAGUCUUUUCAUGAAUCCUGGGACUAACCAGAAUAGAAUAAUAAUAAUAAUAAUUAAAAAAACCAGGAAGAAUACUAGAAAAGUAACCUCAAGGGGAGAUAAUAAUAUCAGAUUAAGCUUUCCAAUAGACUGCUCUACUUUUCUAGUUCUAGUUUAAUACAAAACUACUUUAUGGAUUAAUGUUGCUGUUAUGAAAUUGAGCUAUACUUAAUAACAUUGUUAAGUAAGAUGAGAAUGUUCUAUAAUGAAAUAUAACUCUGCUUUUAGAAGCUACGGGAAGACUCCUGAAGCGGCACUUCAUUCAUCUUAAAAAUGUCCAGUCUGUCUCUCUUAAGUCGUGGCACUGGGCAGGUGAUCAAAAAGAAACAGGAGAAGCUGAAAGUGCAUUUUGAUCCUCAGGAUGACCUGAACCGCAUGUCUUCUGAAGGCCUUUGCAGUGUCAACAGACUACUGGAUCAUAGGCAGAUCAUGAAGGAGUACUGGAGGCUGUACCUCCCAAAAACGUAUUGCACAAGAAGAGGCACACUCUUUCUCUAUUCGGAAGAUGUAGCCAAACCAUGGAAAUGGAAGUUGCAGCAAGGAUGUCAGAACAAAAGCCAGACAUUAUGUGUAGAUCUUCACACACUCCAAGAUUUGGCCCGGGCUAUCUUAGUAUAUGGAAGCAAACAGCUGUGGCAAGAUAAGAAAGGAAUUGCUCAGCAGCCCUAUCUAUACUUCCUAAGAGAUUCAGACAGUGAGAUGGACAGAUCGAUGAGGCCAGGCUAUUCAGCCAAGAGGUACCUCCUCAAACUCGCCCAGAGCUGGGAUCCAAAUGUUUUACAAAAGCUUCAGAAUGCAGGAUAUAUCAGUGACCCCUUGUUGUUUAAGGAAAAUGCAGCUGCUCUCAAGAAGAAAUUACAGGAUCUAUCAACUAUUCCACCAAAGUAUAAUCUACAUAUUUUCUACACUCCAUCCUUGUACUCACAAAGUCAACUAAAAGAACUGAGUUAUUCAGGUCUUGGUCCUCCUUUGCGUAAAAAGUCAGAAAAUAGAGCCAGCCUGGUGAAGGGUGACCCAGAACAUAAUGCAAGAGGAGCAGAUCGAAUCCCUUUAAGAAUUUCAGUAAGAAAACUGAGUGUUCAUCUUCAACCACAGCAUUCCAGAGAAAGUAUCUGGAAUCAGAAUGAGGCACACUGGCAGAUCUCUGAGAACAGAGGGGUAGAAUAUCACCAAGGUGAAAAGAACAAGAAGGAGCCACAUAACUGUGAAAUGCCAAACCAAUCAGUUAAAUUUUCAUUAAUGGGAAAUACAGGAAUUGCCACCUCUGAAUUUUGGUGUGAGCAGUCCCAUGUGAAUUUCUAUGGUGGUUUUCUUCCUGGAAAAAAGAUCACAUAUAGUGUUAACCAAAAUCACCUGAAGAGCACAGCUAGCAGAGGCAGAGGACUCUCUGAAGAUAAGGAAGUGUUCCCCCUGAUUAAUCCAGGAGGCAGCAAAGAGCAAGACGAAAUCACAAAGAAGCACAAGAAGCAGGUGCCAGAAUUUUUCAAGUUACCUCAAAUAGCUGAAAGCUCACCCAACGUUCAAAGGGAAAAAAUAAAACCCAGUGAGCUUUCAAAGGAACUUGUGAUCCUUCCACUGCUGGUUCAGUCAGAGUCUCCAACUAAAGCGAAACAUCCAAGAGGGACUUGUUCUAAAGAAGUCAAAUCUGAGACCGAUGUCUGUGAUAAGCAGUCAGUCCUUUUGCUAAAUGAUCUCGUUUUAGACACCAAACAUAGAAAGAAGCCGAAGCAAACUAUCAAGGACGGGCUCCUAAGGGCUUCCCAAGAUUCUUUCUAUCUACCCCUGAUUAAUCCAGACAAGUUUGCUCUGAAUGAUGGAAAGAGAAGAAAGAGAGAAGUGUCCACUGGAACUGACAACACAAAACAAAUAGAAAGCCAUAAAAGCACUUCACUCAAUAUCCUUCUAACCGGUCCUAAUGGAGAAAUUAUCUGUCCAUCACUCUUGAGAUCUGUUCAAACUACAGAUAAUCCCAGGAAAUUUGAACUAGCUACAGGUGAAGAAGUUUUAGGAGAAGAUAAACUAUCCAUUGAAGUAAGAAGACCUGCUUCCAGAAGUUCACCAGAGGUCUGCUCUGAAGAUCAAGCAUCAAAUAAAAGGGAAACCAUCCAACUUUCUGUUACACUGAAGAAUGGACACUAUGCCCCACCUGCAUAUGAAAAGCUGGAACCUCCUCUAACUCAACUGACUCAAAAUGUACCAAGAAAUGGGACUGGCUUUGAAAAUCACGAAGUCAUCACAGGAAAUGAGGGUGUUUCUGCUGAGUUUGGAGAAAGACAUCAGCCAAGUCAAACUGGUCUCUGCAGAAAGAGCUACCCACAGCAGAGUGAGGAGGAAAAGGGUUACUCCAGCUUGUCACAAACACACAGCAUGAAGCAGAGGAAUACUAGUGACAUUAUGCAAGAUGAAGGGGAGCAACUAGAUUCCUCAGCUCAGUCAAUUAAUCUCUUCCACUAUCAACCACGCCUUGCUCAUUUGAAGAUUUCUACAUCUGAAAUAGGGCAAGCUCCAAAUCCUGAACAUGCUCCCAUAAAACCUUUUGACUACCAUGAAGAAGGUAUGGAGAAUCUAAGAAUUGACCUGUAUGCUCCUGAAACAUUUGGCACGGAGGAAGAUGUGAUAACAUUUUCAGAGUCAACCAGCCAACCAGCUGCGGUUGCCCAUCUCAAACAGGCUGAAGGUGUUUUAAAGAGCAAAAGGACUGAAAGACAAAAAAAACAGCCAAUACAGAAAGCUGGAGAUGGGUUGAAAAAACAAAAAAAGAGUUUGAAGAAAGAGAAAUACCAAAGUCACACAGAGUUUGUUGUAGGGAAGCCCAGAGAGAAAAGGAUUAUUAGGAAAACAAUUGCUUACUCCAAAGGGGAACCAACAGUUGCCAAACGAUCAGCCCGUGUGGAAGAGGGAACCCACGAGAGAGAUUCAGAGCAAGAAGAUGCUGAAGCAGAACCUAUUAGCUGUCUUGUAGAAGAACACGGAGAAGAAGAAGGAGGAGGUGACCAAAGUCUUCCCGAUUCUAGCAUUUUUAUGGAGGAGCAUCCCUUGACACUUGAUAUGAACCAAACAUUUAGUGAAGAGGUUGGCAAUACUUCUGGGUUUCAUCCAGGACCUGCUAGUGAAACAUCCAUUGCUACCUACAAAGCAGUCUCCACUGCAGAUGGUUCCCAGCCUGAUGCAGAGCAGGGAAAACUGCUAUUGGAGGAUUUGUCCCUGCACAAAGAAGAGUUGAAACUAUCACGAGACAGGAUAAUAGCAGAGAGGGCAGAAAAGCGACGGCUGGCAGUGGAGACAAAGCGAAAAGAACAGGAGGAGCGGAAAAAGAAAGAGCAGGAGGAGCAGGAGCGUAUGGAGAAAAUGAGAGAAGAAAUGGAACAGGAGAAGCAAAGGAAGAUUGAGGAGUUUCGUUUAAGAAAACAGCAGCUUGAAGCAGAGCGUCAGCGGCAGGAAGAAGAGGCAGACAGGGAACGACAAGCUGAGAAGGCAGCCCAAGACCAGGCCCGGCGGCUACAGGAGGAACAGCGUCGGAGGUUUUUGGAGAUGCAGAGGAAGAAGCAGGCGCAGGAACUAGAACGGGCAGAAGCAGAAAAACGCAGACAGAAAGAAAUGGAGAUGCAGCUGGAGGAAGAACGGCGACAGCUAGCAGAGAUGGCCGAGGAGCAAAGGCUGGAGUAUGAGAAGAGGAAAAAGGAGGAAGAAGAGAAAAUGAGGCUUGAGGCUGAGGAGAGAAGGAGGAGAGCUGAGGAAGAGGCUAGAGUUGCUUUGGAAGAAGCAAGAAAGCAAGCGUUACUACUCUCAAGACAAAUGGCAGACCUGGAGAAGGAGCAACAGUUUCAGUAUCAACUACUUAUAGAAGCCUCUGGACUGGAUCGAAGACAGGAAAUUUCGCGUCCGUGGGUUUAUUCCUACUUCCAGCGUCCUUUUUUUACAACAGAAGAUGAUUAAAAUCUUAGCCAUGCCCAAAUAUCUUUUUGUGUAGUGUUAUAAAAGCGAACUGUUGCAUUCUGACAAGUUUUCCAACAGACUAAGAAGUAAAAUAUACUAAGUGCUUUUCUACGAAUUUUGUCUGAUCCCUAAGGCACUAUUCUAGACAAUGUUCUAAAUACUUUUUUAACCCAUAGUGGGAUGUGUGUGGAUAUAUGUAAAUAUAAUCUAAGCUACUAUUGCAAACAAGCUGAGUUUCCUUUAACACUGAGCAAACCAGUCAAGCUAGCUUAAUGGGUGGUAAAUGUCAUCUGCGGGUCUUGCUUUUGAUUGGCUCCUAUGCAGUUUCAUCUCUAAACUUGUUAAAUAUUUCUUCUCUACCUUUCUAGCUAUUUCUUUAGGCUACAAGUAGGCUAAUUCUAAGAGACUAAUUCAGUCUUUGAAUUAGGUGGUGAUUCUCAAGAUUAAAUUUAAGACAUGAAGUAUAUUUUUAUUUUGCAAAAUAGAAAUAGACCUUGCUGAGGAAUAGCAUGUUUGAAAUAGCAAGGUGACCUCCAGAAAUAGGGGCCUUGGGAUUUCUAUUUAAGAGACAACCUAAGAGCAUAAUUCAUACUCUACUUUCAUUUCUGCAGGGUUUUGUGUUUUCACUGUGAAUUUUUAUGAUCCUAGAAAUUGGGUUUGGUGUAAUGUACUGCUCAGGUGUAAGGAAUUCUGAGCUCCACAAGUUCUCCUAAAGCAAGUUCAGCUGCCCCCCCAAAUUUUCUUUCAGACUGAUUAUGCAAUUACUUUUAUUUUUUAAAAAAAGAGUCUUAAAGUAUUUAAUCUUUAGUAACUAUGGGUUUUAUUGUAGACGUUUUAUUUAAAACUUUUCUCUUGCAAACUGAUCCCCCCCCCCACCCCCAGUGUAACAGCAAUGUAAGGUGCAAACAGUCAGGUUUCAAGGAACCCGUUACAAAACUUUCCCACUGACUUCACUCAAAUGUUUAAUGCUAAAGAUAUGGAUAACACUUAAGCCCAGAUUUUGAUUUUUGAAAACAAGUUUUAAUUUUUAAAAAAAGUUUGGCAUGCGUACAAAAAGGCAUCAGAAGUGGGACAUGGAAACUACAAGCAUUGGAGAAGAUCCAUUUAACACUUUUACAGUUAAGUGCCUGAAAAGUAAAUACAAUUAAAUGGUUUAUUAAAGUAUGCUUAAGAACAUUGCAGUCUUAAUUUCUGACCUUUCCUAUUCCCCUGGCAACGAAAAUAAACCCGAGGUAGAGCAACGUUUCUAGUCCUGCCAUCAAUAUUGCAAACCUGAGCUAAAGAAUGUUUCUAGCAUUGGUAGGUUUUCUAUGACAGUUCUGCAAUUGACUAAAAGAGAUAUGAAGAUAGAACAUUUUGAAUUAGACAAUUGCUUAGGAAAAAAA